AUGGAACUCGUCACUGACGUCAGUCAAAUCAUUCAAUUCGCCGAUUGCCAAAAAGUCGUCGCCAGCUUCUCCGAUGAAAUCCCAGAGAUGGAG